CGGAGCUGUCGCCACAGACUGAGGGUCGCAGUAGAGAGGUUGUUGCGCAAACGCGCGGCCCCCUCCCUUUCGCCCAGAUUACUGCGCAGGCGUAGGAAGAAUCCUAUGGUGCAGUGGCUGCGGCAGAUCGGCAGAUCCGCAGAUCGGCAGAUCGGGGUCCGGACCUGGGAGCUGCCGGUGGUCUCGGGCUGAGUGGUUUCUUCUGCCACUGACCCAAUGGCUCAGAGGAGAGAGGACCAGAUCCCCCCUGCUGCAGAGGAGCAGCAAGGCGCAAGGCCAGGGCCAGAGGGUGACUCGAAUGAGGACAAGGAGAGGAAGGAGAGGGACCUCAGCCAGGAUGUUUCUCAAGGAGAGGAGGCUGCUCCUUUGGCCUCAGGGGAGAUUGGCAUCAUUGAGAGUAUCCAGCUGGAGAACUUUAUGUGCCAUGCCAUGCUGGGGCCGGUGAAAUUGGGGCCCAAUGUCAACUUCAUAGUGGGAUACAGGGGCAAGAGUGCGUUGCUGAUGGCUCUCUACCUCGGGCUUGGUGGAAAAUACUUAGGACCGUCUUUGAGACAGUUUGUGAAAGAUGGAGAGGUUUCAGCCACCAUCUCCAUCAUAUUAAGGAACAGAGGAGAUGAUGCUUUCAAAUCUGAGGUGUAUGGGGCCUCCAUAAUCAUACAGCAGAGCAUCAGUAUAAGUGGGUUUGCAAGUUACAAACUAAAAGACCAAGCAGGAAAUCUGAUUUCUUCUAAGAAAGCAGAGCUGAUGGCCAUUGUUGAUCAUUUCAAUAUACGGGUAGAUAAUCCAGCAUGUAUUUUACCACAAGAGAUGGGCAGGCAGUUAUUGGAGACCAGAAGUGAUGCUGAGAGAUACAAGUUCUUUCUGAAAGUGACCCAGCUUGAACAGAUGAGUGAGGAUUACUUGUGCAUUAUGGAGAGGAAAGCCUUGACUCAGAGUCAGAUAAGACAAGGAGAAGAGCAGCUUCAGGAACUAAAACGGCAGGGCAUACAGAUAGAAGAGUGUUUCCAGAGUAUGGUUGCCUCAAGGAAGAGAUUAGAGGAUUUGAAACAUGAGAUGGCUUGGGCACUGGUGAAUGAAUCUGAAAAACAAAUUGAAGAGAUGUUAAGUAAUAUAAGUCUGGGAGAUCAGCAGACUGUCAGUUUAAAUGAGAAAUUGGAGGCCUGUCGGGUCAAAUUUAAUGAAGCAGCCAAGAAGUUUAAAGACAUUGAGGAGCACUUGGAGCAGUUAAACAAAGAAGCUGCUGCAUUAGAGACCGAAUGCAUUCAGGCAAAAGAAGAUGUAAAUAGGAAAGAAGAGGCCUGUAAGAAUGCUGAAGUUUUAUACAAUUCUUCCCAAGAUGAAUUUAAAAAAUUAGACCAGGCAAAACAACAUCACAACCAAAAGGAAGACAUGAAAAAGAGUGCUGAACAAGAAAAAUCAGGAAAAGAGGAAAAAAUUUUCAUGUUGACAGAAAAGCAAAAGAACCUUAAGGAUCAAGAAGAUUCGCUUGUUCAAGAGAUGGAACAUCUCCAGCAAGCUAUAGAAAAAAACAAGGAAGAACUUUCUCAACUUAGGGCAGAAGUAUUGGAUAUCCAGCAGAUACUGAAUGAUGAGCAACAACAGCUAAACCGACUAAAAGACUGUAAAACUGAUCCACUGAAACGAUUUGAACCACAAAUUACAGCCCUUCUUGAAGAAGUAGAUGAAGCCCAUAGACAAGGGCACUUUACUUCCAAACCUAUAGGCCCACUAGGAGCUUACAUUCGCCCUCGGGACUCUGAAUUUGCUUUGGCUAUUGAAUCCUGUCUAAAAGAUCUUCUUCUUGCCUUUUGUUGUGACAACCAUAAAGAUGAGCAAGUACUUAAGGAGCUCAUGAAAAAGUCUUAUCCACCAGGCUCUUCACGACCACCAAUAAUCGUGUCAGCAUUUAAGAGUGAGGUGUAUGAUGUAACAGACAGAGCAGCCUCUCACCCAGAGUUUCCAACAGUUCUCUCAGCUUUAGAAAUAGAUGAUGCAGUGGUGGCCAAUGCUUUGAUUGACAUGAGAGGAAUAGAGUCAGUGCUGCUCAUUAAAAGUAACUCUUUGGCUCGUGCAGUGAUGCAGGCUCAGAGCCCCCCCAAGAACUGUAAGGAAGUUUUCACUGCUGAUGGUGACCAGGUGUUUGAACGACGCUAUUACUCAUCUGAAAAAUUUAGACCUACCUACUUGAUUGAUGUGGAAAUAGAAAUAAGGAAUUUGGAGAAAGAAAUUGAAAAUACAAUGGCACAGUUGUCUGUCUAUCAGCAACAUGCAUGUGUACUCGAAGAUGAUAUCAGAAAGAAUCAAGAAACUAUUAAUGCUCAUCAUUUGCAUUUAAAAGAAAUGAAGAUUAGAGUGACAAAAAUCAACAUGCAAAUAAGAGAUCUGGAGAAUGAAGAAAACCAGCCAGAAGCACGAGAAAGUAAAACACAGAUAAAACAGGUUGAAGAAAAGAUGACAAUUCAAAAGGAAGAGAUGAAGAAUUUAAGAAAACAGAAAAUAGAUGCCGAACAGGGACAUGAAAACAUUAAAUUAAAAAUGUGUCAAGUUUCAGAAUUAACAGAAUCUGUUAAACAAGAACUAAACCAGGCCAAUUUAGAAAUGGAUGCUGAAAAACAAUACAUGCUGCAGUAUGAAGAAAGGCUUAAGCAACACCUGGAUUCUCUCCAAGCGAAAAAAGAAGAGCUGACUAUGAAAGAGAAAGACCUGCAGAAAGAGCUUACUCAGGCCAAAUACAUCUGCCCAGAGCGAAAAGAAGUUAGCAAAAGUGCCUCUGAUCUUGAUAAAGAAAUUAUUACGUUAAAACAGAAGAUAAAAGCAGAAAUCAGCACUCAUAGAAGCAGAGAUGAAAUAAUAAGGCAGUACCAAGAAAUAAAAGAACGGUAUCAGGGUAUAGAUGUGAAAGUGAAGAAUUUGAAAAAGUGCAUUAACUCAUUGGAUCAAACAUCAGCCCAAAGAUAUGAAAUAUACCAGCAAUUUAGAAGAAGUCUUGCUUUACGAUGCAAGUUGUACUUUGACAGCUUACUAUCUGAGUGGUCCUACUCUGGGGAAAUGAGCUUCGAUCACAAAAAUGAAACCCUUUCCAUAAGAGUCCUGCCUAAAGAAAGAAGUAAAGCUGCUUUGGAUAAUCUCCACUUCCUAUCAGAGAGUGAAACAGCUUUUUCAAACUUUUUUUUCAUCAUUACUUUAUGGUCCAUCACAGAAUUUCCCUUCAGAUGCCUGGAUGCAUUUGAUGUCUGCAUGGACUCAGUCGAUAGCAGAAUUGCCAUGGACGUUAUCCUCAAGAUUGCACGUUCCCAGCAGUACCGACAGUUCAUCGGGCUCACUCCACAAAACUUGAGCUUUCUUCCUUCAAGUCCACUAACUAGAAUACUCCAAUUGCCAGAUGCUGAAAAUGUCCAGCAAACCCUGACCAACCAGCCAGAUAGUCAGGAGGAAGAUGAUUGAAGCUGAUGUCUAAUUUUUAAAAAUAAGUUUUCGUUGAUAUUUUCUGUUUCUUACAUCACUGUAGUAUUCCAUGUAUCCCUCCUUGCCACCUCCCAGAGAGCCAUCCCAUAUAGCAAAUAGUACUUUUGUAGAGGAAAAAGAAGACAAAAGUUAGCACAGCUGAUUGGUAUGUGUGUGUAAAAACAAGGGCAAUAUUUAACACCUAUGAAGGGCUAUUUUGGGAUGUCUUAUCAUAUCUCUUUAUUUGAGUCCCACUUGUUCUUUACAAUUUUGAUUUUUGGGGGGGGGUGUUGUUCUUUCCGUUUGUUUAUAUUGUUGUAGUUUUUGUGUUUGUUUUUGUUCUUACAUCACUGAAUCAAUAUAUAGAUUUUUUUUCCAUGCUUCUAGGUGAGCAUCACACAUCAUUUCUUACAGCAUAGCAAUAUUCUGUUAUAUUCAUGCACUACAAUUUGUUUAGGCAUUCCCAGGUUUUGGACAUUUACUUUGUUUCCAGUUGUUAGAUAUCAUAAAGUAUUGCUGUAAGUAUUUUGGAGUAUGUGGGGACAUUUUUUUCUUAUUGACGGCUUCCUUGGGAAGUAAGCUCAAUAACUGAGUCUCCUAGUUCAAAGGGUAUGGACAUUUUAGUCACUUUAUUUGCAUAACUCCCAAUUGCUUUCCAAGAUAGUUGUAUUAUUUAACAAUUCUGACAAUGUAUCAUUGUGCCUGUCUUUCCAACAGCCUCUCCAACAUCGACUCUUGCCAUGUUUUGUCAUUUUUGCUAUUUUGCAGGGUGUGAGGUGAAACUUUGAUUGUUUUAAUUGCAUUUCAUUUCUCUUAUUAGUCAUUUGGAGCAUUUUUCAUGCAGUUGUAAAUUCUUUGUAGUUCUUUUGACAGCUGUUCAUGUCCUUUGACCAUAUAUUGAGAAAUGGCUACAUAUAUAUAUAUAU